UAUUGCCUUCCUUCUGCAGUACCAUCUCGUGUUCCUUUUGACCGUUUGGCAUCUGGUUUGAUUCGAGUUCGGAAGCAUCGAAGCAACAAAAAUGACAGAGGAAAUUUGGACGCAAUGGUAUUAUUUGAAAUCCACCCGCUUCGCUUCGUCUCUCCAUUGAUGCACUGGUUGGGGAUUUCUCCUUGAGACGUGAAAACCACAAGAAUCCAUUGCGUCUGUCAUCGUGUUUGAGAGAGAAAGAGAGAGAAGUGGCCGUUAAUGGCUUCGUUUAGAUGGAUUCUUCAGCUCCACAAGGAUGUCCCUCGAGCUACUCGUUUCUACUCAGAAGGGCUGGAUUUCAGCAUCAAUAUAUGUACCCUUCGGUGGGCUGAGCUCCAAUCUGGUCCUCUCAAAUUAGCGUUCAUGCAAUCCAAUAGUGGCCAUGUUGUGCAGAAUGGAUACUCUUCACUUCUGUCCUUCACUGUAACUGACAUUAACAGCACGGUAACAAAGUUGAUGGCAUUAGGAGCAGAACUGGAUGGUUCCAUCAAAUAUGAGAUUCAUGGCAAGGUUGCAGCUAUGCGAUGUCUUGAUGGUCACAUGUUGGGCCUAUAUGAACCUGCAUGAGAGAAUCAGGGGAAGUGGGUGCAUUUGAACAAAUGACCAAACCAGGCAAAAUUGUUUAUGAACCUUGUAGGUGAGACCUUCCAUGGGGGCAUCUCAAGAUUUCUUUGAAGACAUUGCAAAUGCAUGAGAAACUUCUCCCUUCUUUGGGUUCCCUUGAAUUAUGGAUAAUGUUUGUUCAUCCAAAUCAAUCAAUGCUGUGCAUAAUGUGUAGAGUGUUGGACCUGAAAGCAUUCGGGCAAGUUGAUAAGGGUGUAAGCAAUCUUGAGAAAUUUUAUGAGGGGAUUAAUUGAAUCAUAUAUACAAUCAAUAUACUCUAUAA